GGUCCAGCCCUGGUUUUCGGAAACAAGUGUGGUAAUAAGUUUGACUCCUCCGUGAAGCGAUUUUAAAAAUAAUCGCGGAGAGGUUGCUCAUUCUCAAUAAAGAAUCCAUUUUUUACAAUAAUUUCAAAUACAAUUUCAUCUGUACAAAAUGGCUGAUGAAGUUAAUCCAAGGGCAUACCCUUUAGCAGAUGCUACUUUGACUGCAAAAAUCUUGAAUUUGGUACAACAAGCAAUGAAUUAUAAGCAGUUAAGGAAAGGAGCUAACGAAGCAACAAAAACAUUAAAUCGUGGCCUGUCAGAAUUCAUUGUAAUGGCUGCAGAUGCAGAACCUUUAGAAAUUCUAUUACAUUUGCCAUUAUUAUGUGAAGAUAAGAAUGUUCCAUAUGUAUUUGUUAGGAGUAAACAAGCUUUAGGACGUGCUUGUGGAGUAUCUAGACCUAUUGUUGCUUGUUCUGUCACAGUUAACGAAGGUUCACAACUAAAACCACAAAUUCAAGCAAUACAACAAGAAAUUGAACGACUUUUAGUCUAAGUUUGUACCUGAUUUGAAGCUUCUUUAAAUUCCGACUUUAUAUUACAGUACAUAUAUUUUUUGACAUAAAAUUUAAAAUACUUUUAGAAAAUAAGCUACAUAUAAUUCACAUAAUGCGA